GAGGGUAGACCAGCCUCCCCGGGGGCGGCUCCUGGGGCUGGACCGGGCUCAGCCUCCGGGAGUCUCCCUCCGGAUCGGCCGCCCCGCCUUGUAGUCGCCUCCUCCCUUAACCCCACCGAGCAAACAGCUCUGCCUGUGUGACCACCUUCAGGAGAGUCACAGAAUUAUUUUCUAAGAAAGCAGCGAUUCAAGCAGUUGACGGCAUUUGGGAAAAAUCUGCUAUUUGUGAAAAUCAUCUUUGAUCUUGGAAUAAAAGGUAAAGCUGGAAAAGGAUUUACAAACAAGAAAAAGACAACGUUUGGAAUUGGACUCGCAGGAUCUGGGCUUGGAAAUGCCUCAGCCUAGUGUAAGCGGAAUGGAUCCGCCUUUCGGGGAUGCCUUUCGGAGCCACACCUUUUCGGAACAGACUCUAAUGAGCACGGAUCUCCUGGCAAAUAGUUCAGAUCCAGAUUUCAUGUAUGAGCUGGAUAGAGAGAUGAACUACCAACAGAAUCCUCGAGAUAACUUCCUUCUAGAGGACUGCAAAGACAUUGAGAAUCUGGAGUCUUUCACUGAUGUCCUGGAUAGUGAGGGUACUUUAACCUCCAACUGGGAGCAGUGGGAUACAUACUGUGAAGACUUGACAAAGUACACCAAACUCACCAGCUGUGACAUCUGGGGAACAAAAGAAGUCGACUACUUGGGUCUCGACGACUUUUCCAGCCCUUACCAAGAUGAAGAGGUCAUCAGUAAAACUCCAACAUUGGCCCAGCUUAAUAGUGAAGACUCUCAGUCUGUCUCUGAUUCCCUUUAUUAUCCCGAUUCGCUUUUCAGUGUCAAACAAAACCCCUUGCCCUCUUCUUUCCCUGGCAAAAAGAUGACCAGCAGAGCUGCUGCCCCUGUGUGUUCUUCAAAGACUCUUCAGACUGAGGCACCUUUGUCAGACUGUGUCCAAAAAGCAAGCAAGCCUACUUCAAGCACACAAAUCAUGGUGAAGACCAACAUCUAUCACAAUGAAAAAGUGAACUUUCAUGUUGAAUGUAAAGACUAUGUAAAAAAGGCAAAAGUCAAGAUCCACGCCGUACAGCACAGCCGGCCCUUGCUGAGCCAGUCACCUGCAGACGCCGCUAAGGAGAACACCUGCUACUGUGGGGUAGUGGCCAAGAGACCAGAGAGGAAGGGGGUGGAGCCUCUCCAGGGCCAUGCCACGCCCACUCUGCCUUUCAAAGAAACCCAGGAGCUCUUACUCAGUCCCUUACCGCAGGAAGGGCCUGGGGCUGCUGCCACAGGAGAGAGUAGCAGCCUUUCUGCCAGCACUUUGGUUUCCGAUUCAUCCCAGAAAAAAGAAGAGCACAAUUAUUCACUUUUUGUCUCCGACAGUUUGGGAGAACAGCCAGCCAAAUGCAGUCCCGAAGAUGAUGACGAUGAGGAGGAGGAUGUUGAUGAUGAGGACCAUGAUGAAGGCUUUGGAAGCGAGCACGAAUUGUCUGAAAAUGAAGAGGAGGAAGAAGAGGAGGAGGACUAUGAAGAUGACAAGGAUGAUGAUAUUAGUGACACAUUCUCGGAACCAGGCUAUGAGAAUGACUCAGUAGAAGACCUGAAGGAGAUGACUUCUGCCUCUUCCCGGAAGAGAGGGAAAAGAAGAUACUUCUGGGAGUAUAGUGAACAGCUCACUCCGUCCCAGCAAGAGAGGAUUCUGAGGCCCUCCGAGUGGAACCGAGAUACGCUGCCAAGCAAUGUAUAUCAGAAAAAUGGCUCACAUCACGGAAAAUAUGCAGUAAAGAAGUCACGGAGAACUGACGUAGAAGACCUGACUCCAAAUCCUAAAAAAUUGCUCCAGAUUGGCAGUGAGUUACGGAAGCUAAAUAAGGUGAUUAGCGACCUCACUCCCGUCAGUGAACUUCCCCUCACAGCUCGGCCAAGGUCACGGAAGGAGAAAAACAAGCUGGCUUCCAGAGCUUGUCGGUUAAAGAAAAAAGCCCAGUAUGAAGCAAAUAAAGUGAAAUUAUGGGGCCUCAACACUGAAUAUGAUAAUUUAUUGUUUGUAAUCAACUCCAUCAAGCAAGAGAUUGUAAACAGGGUGCAGAAUCCAAGAGAGGAGAGAGGACCCAACAUGGGACAGAAGCUUGAAAUUCUCAUUAAAGAUACUCUUGGCCUCCCAGUUGCUGGGCAAACCUCAGAAUUUGUUAACCAAGUGUUAGAGAAGACAGCAGAAGGCAAUCCCACCGGUGGCCUGGUAGGACUGCGAAUACCAGCAUCAAAAGUGUAGCCAGCCCCACUGGACCACUGGUCAGAAGUGUCUGUUCUUUCUCAUGUUAUCCAUUGUAUAUUUUCAUUCUGUUUUGCAUGUCAGUUAGCAUUAUGUAAACAUUUACAAUUAGGUUAUAUUGUUUUAAGAACUUGUAGCAUAAGUGAAGCAUGAUCCAAAAUACUUGAUUAUUGCAUUUCAGAGCAUAAACCUCAGCUAAGCCUGCUCCUGGCAGUAGCAGUGGCACUCACAUGCUAAGUAAACCUUGGGGUAGAAGUUGCACAUGUGUAUUGAAGGGAAAACAUUUGGAAGGGUGAAUAUCUCAGUAUAAUGCCAAGCAUCAUGGCAGGUUUAUGCUCUGAAUCACUCAAAAAAAAUAUUAAGGAAGCAUUUUUUUUAACUGUCCAUUUAGAUUUUUUUUUUAGAAUGAUUGCUUUCUGUUCUACUUUUCCACAGCCAUUAAUCUCACUUGUACAUGGCGCACCCGGCACUCGUGUUUGUGUGCCAUGGUAGACAUUCAAUUCCAGAGUUCAUUAUGAUAUAUAAAUAUAUAUAUAUAAAUAUAAAUAUAUACAGAUGUCUGUGCAAGUAAGAAAAAAGCAUAUUCUUUGUGCCUUGUAUUUUGGGAAAACUCUAAAACUGGUAAUAUUUUGUAUGAUGAAAACCCUUGAGGAAAAAAUUAAGAUAUAUAGAUGGAAAACUUAUGGGGUUUAAAUGGGUUUUUUUGUUCCAACUUUUUCAGAUUUUUUGAAUGUAUAUAGGACUAUGUUGAAAUGUAGAUAUAUGCCACAGAGUCUUUGUAUUGUAUAUAAAAAAAACCAACAAAAAAAAAAAGAUGGCUCUAGAAAACUAUUUCGGUACUUGACCGGAAGAAGA